AUGGAUGUACCCGUACAAGCUUCUCCCGCUUUCCCGGAUCAGGGCAACCCUGUGAAGGAGACGUCCAGUGGGAGAAGAAGAAGCCAUGCCCAGGGAGAGAUGAACUUACAGAUGACCCCGCCGGAUAGGCGGCCCCAGGGUGGAGGAAAAUUUAAACGUCAGAGAAUCGCAAGAAACUUGCUGGACCUGAAUGAAAUCAUCAGCCCGACUCGGAGCCGCAGCCAGACGGUGCGUGUUGGAGCUCAAGCAUACGACCCUGUGGAACUUCUAGAAGGAGCUAUCGACCUCAUGAAGUGUAUACAGGACGAUGUCAGCAAAGCUGCUACAGGAAAAACACAGGAAGAGGAAAUCAAGAUGCAAGAAGCAGUGUUACCCCAGCCCUUACAGACGAACAUGACGUCACUGUCGACAUCACCGUUCCAGGACACUGACGUCAUGGCGGGAUUUCAAGACUGUGCACAGGAAGUGAUGCGAUACCUGAUUGAGGUGGAAAAUCUGCCAGAAUCGCACCCAGUGUGUCUUGGUCUGCGGCAACAUUUGCUCGAAAAACAAAGACUUUUGGACGUGGAAACGUUGCUGAACACCUGCCAGACACAAUUGUCCACGGGAGACUCUUUUCACAGCUACAUAUCGUCGUCACCAGAAACAGAUUCUAGUCAGGAACAACAAAAUGAAGUUAAAAUGUCGGAGUCAGCAAUGAUUUGCCGAACGGUGCCUGUUGUCACUUUACCAGAACCAAAACAGGAAAACUGCAGUGCUUUUAAUUUAUACAGCUUUCUUCCUCCGUCAUCAUCCAUAGCAACCACACGGUCCCCGCACUCGAAUAACAGACUGGCGUUUAUUGGUCAGAGUAGCGAAGACCAGUCUAAAGCAACGUCGUCAGACUUCAGGGCGUUAGACCUUCAGCAAUUGGCUGAGAACAAUCCGGAAAUAGCGUGUUUGACGGAGGAGAUUUUGGGACUGUUAGAAGAUGACGAUGAUGAUAUGAGUGUUUUUUAUGACUCCGAAGGAUAUUUGGAUUCCGAUAUAGAACAGUAAAGACGUUUAACGUGUUUCUUUUUGUAAAAGUGCUGGCUUUGGUCAAACCGAGGAGGCGAAACAAAACUGACGGCAAUUGAUUUCUUGCUGUUUAGCCAAAGAACAUUUUUUUUUGUUUAAACAUUUUAAGUGUGCAAUUCUAUGCGUGCAAGUGUCUAUGAUCAUUUGCGUUAACUGUCAAAUUUUUGUUUCAUGAUUUGAGGCAUGGCUGAUAUAAAAUAAUUUAUUUACCUUU